GUACCCAGAAGAGGCUACGUUGAGCGGAAUUUAUAGCUUGAACAGCAGCCGACUCCGACCAGCUACUAUGAGUUCACAAGUUGCCUCCAUGCAGUGUUGCUAAGGAGGGAUGGUCUCUUUAUCAGUUUUUCUCCUGGUAAACCUCGUUGCUGAGGCAGUGACACUUGGGACACAUGUCAGGGGUACAGUUGGGGAGUCAGUGGUCCUCCCCUGUGACCUGAACACCUCCACCGCCAUUGACCCUGGCAGGCUCCGUUUUCACUGGCAAGGAACAGCGGACCCGUCGGUUCUGUACUCUUUUGACAAAGGACGCGAGACACCCCAAUAUCAAAGUGCGACUUAUCGCAGCCGGAGCACAGCCUCUUUGUCAGACAUGAGGAGGGGGAUUAUUUCAGUGAGACUGAACAACCUAACACUUGAAGACGACCAGAAAUCUUUCAGUGCUUAUGUGGUGCUUGAUGUGAAAGGGAGACUUGAUAGAAUAUGUCCAACCACUUUACAUGUUGCAGUCCCUUAUGAAAAUCCCAACCUGACACUGAAUGAAGAAAUGAUGUUGGCAGUCUGUACUUCCCAAGGGGGAUUUCCUGAACCCGUGGUCACUUGGCAGGUCCAAGAGCUUCCGGGCAACACAAACCACGUGUUACAGCCAGUGGAGGCUAAUACUACAGCUGUGCAACACCUUCAGGAUCGUCUCUUCACUGUCACCAGUAGUAUAAACACAUCAGGAGGGAAAUAUCACUCAGUGACCUGCCUCAUCCACAACCCCACCUCAAAUGUGACUUUGAAUGUCACCAUCGAGCUAUCUGAACGUGAAAAACAGGCCCCUCUCUCUUGGGUUCCAGUUGUUGCAGUUGUUGUUGGAGUUUUAAUUGCAGCUUGUGCAGCUGCUAUAUGCAUCUACAAAAGAUGUAGAGGCCCACCUGAAGAUCCAGCUCCCUGCAGGCCAGGAAGCAACCAGGAUAAGCUUAAUGGUACCAUGUCAAAUGGGACUAAUCUAGCUAUGCUCUCCAAGAUGCAGGAAGACAGUCCUACAGGCAAUGCUGCCUCAGCAACAAGUGACAAUGCUACUGCUCGUACCAGUGAUAAUGCAAAAGAAGAAGAAUCACUUAUAAACAAAAGUGUCAAUUUUGACGAAGGAAAUGGUGAAAAUCUGACAGUGUGAGAAAUGAGAAUUGCAAUGAAAGCUCUAAAAAGGGAACAUGAGUGACUGUUGAAAAAAAAAAAAAAAGCAAAAUAACAACAAAUGACUGAGGCACCCCUUUGGCCAAAGCACUGAUUCUGCACAGCAGUGUAUUGAGACACAAGGGCCAGUUUACCAUGGACAUAAUGGAAACAUGUCUAAAAAAAACUUAACAAAAUAAAUUAUCCACAAAUUAUUUAUUGUCCAGUUUUUUUUACAGGAUUUUUUUUUUUUUUAAAUGUUGUGUAACUCAAUCCUUUGGUUCACAGAAUUAUAACCCUAAUGGAGAGAUUUUGUAAUAUCCCACCUAAAAGGGAUAUAUAGCCUUACAGUAUAGUGUUGGAUUUAUUAGUUGAUGACUUAACAGCAUUGAGCAUUAUUCCUCCACACAUCUGCUCCAAUCAGUGAUUUUAUGACAGAAAGAUAGUGUCUAGAGAUGUAGUCUUGUUGGUCACAAGUUUGAUUCCCCCACAGACACUUGCCUUAGAAGUGUUGAUACAUCAGAGCGUUUGCCCAUGGACGAAAGUAAGAGUCUGAGAGGUCUGAGAUGUACUUCCCUCUGUUGCUUCCUGGAACCACUCAGCUGUUGUCAUAGUAACAGCCUUUGUUUUCAUUUUUACUGGAACUGACAUUGCAUCAUACAGAUUAAGGAACAUAACAUUUUUAUAUUGUUUGUACAUUUCACAGCCAUUGUGAGGGCAGCUGUAUGAGUAAAUUAAAGCAACUAAAUUAUUAUUAUUAUUUUUUUUCAUAGAAAGAGUGUCUUUGGUGUCCUUGUGCAUGAUACUGUCUCGUGAACACUACACUGCUCUGCUGUAGUGGUAACCUUAAAGAAGCUAGACAUCAACAAAGAGUCCACAACAAAGAGUCCAAAUCUCCUCUUUAUCCUGUAUUUCUUAUCUGUAGAGGAAUGACUGUGAACACUGGCCACAUUUUGCACUCUUUCCCCACUUGGUUAAAGGAAUAGUUGACCCAAAAAUGUAGAUUUUGUCAUUACUCAUCUCCCUCAUGUCAAAGCAGAGCUCUGUGUCACAACCAGGGACUGGUUGUUAAUAAGAAUUUCUCUGGAAGAUGUCCCUCAGGACCUCCCUCCAGAGCAUGAAUGUACUAAAGACCUGCAGACUUUUGUAUAUAUCACUGUGUGUUAUGAUGAAGUGACCAACAAAAAUAAAACUUGUGGAACCCUCAUACCUCAAGCAGAUUUAAA